AAUUGUGAUCUGUCAUAUAACAAAUGUAACUGUUUGUUUAAAUAAAAUCAACCCCUUUGAAGAAAGCAGAAGAAACGCUUUUAUGAGCAUAGUGACAUGUUAAAUGUUCUUCUCACUCAUAGGUAUGAUCAGAUGUCUACUGAUGUGCGGUCAGCUUGAGGAAGCAGCUCAGCAGCUUGAGUUCUUCUGUGAAGUGCAGGAGUCUCUGGGAAAUACUGCGGAAGUGUGUCUGCUGAAGGUCGUGUUAUCCAGGAAGCGGAGAGCAGGAGGGCAGACAGAGAUACAGCUGCUUAAAGAAGCCACUGAACUCCAUUUCUUGACUCUGCGCGGCUUGAAUUAUGGAGUAGAAUACCUGCAGAAUCUGAACCUUAAUUUCCUCCUGCAAAUCGUGUGUUUACACAUGGAGUCAAAUCAGGACAUUCCCCUCGCUCCUGGACAGACUCCACUAUUUUGGCUGAAACACUCAAACAUGAUUUUAGAGUCAGUCAUCAAAGCUGUUCCUGGUCUGUCAGUGGGCUGUUAUUAUAUGGCCUACAUCAAAUUCCUUCUAGGUGAUCACAGAACAGCACAACACCUGCUGAUCGUGUGCAUGCAGAAAGAGCCGAUCAUGCCAGAGAUGCAUCUACUGCAGGCACGACUGCACCUGCACGCUGGAGAACACCGCAGAUGUUUGAGCUGUCUGGAAUCUGGUGUCAGCAUUAACUUUGAAGUAAACAACCGUACUCUCAGUCAAGUACAUUUUGUUACGUCGAGAUUCUCCUAAGUGUGUGCUGAAGUUCAGAAUGUGUCGAGUGACAAGAAAAAGUAUGUGAACCCUUUGGAAUUAGCUGGUUUUCGUCAUUAAUUGGUCAUAUC